CUCCCUUUGUUGAGCGUUUCCCCUCCUCACCCCAUCAUUCUGCCUUUCAGCUGUUGGGUGUUGAGUUAUUUUGCCUGAAUGUUGAUCGCAGCAGCUGUUACUGCAGCAGAACCUCCUGCAACACACACACUGGUGAGGGAGACUGGGAGCAGGCGGCUCAGCACUGGACAGAGGGAGUGCACACAGGCAAGAGGAGCCCUCAGGACAUCACCAAAGGACAUACAAUCACUCCUGCACUAGGUGCCUUCUCAUCAUCCAGGCGCUGCGAUCAAGCAUUUCCACAAUGAGCCGAAGAGUGGUGCGCCAGAGCAAAUUCAGGCACAUUUUUGGCCAGCCUGUUAAAGCAGAUCAAAUGUAUGAAGAUAUUCGGGUAUCUAAGUUAACUUGGGACAGCUCCUUCUGUGCUGUAAAUCCUAAAUUCAUGGCCAUCAUCGUGGAAUCUAGUGGUGGAGGGGCCUUUAUAGUGUUACCAUUGGCUAAGACAGGACGCGUGGAUAAGAAUCAUCCCACAGUCAGCGGUCACACAGCACCAGUACUGGAUAUAGAUUGGUGCCCCCACAACGAUAAUGUCAUUGCCAGUGCAUCAGAUGACACUACGAUCAUGGUUUGGCAAAUCCCAGACUACACACCAGUGCGAUCAAUAACUGAACCUAUUGUGACGCUGGAAGGUCACUCAAAGAGAGUGGGAAUUAUUACAUGGCAUCCCUCAACCCGCAAUGUGUUACUGAGUGCAGGCAGUGAUAACAUGCUCAUUAUCUGGAACGUGGGGACUGGUGAGGCACUUAUUACUCUGGAUGAGAUGCAUAGCGACCUCAUCUACAAUGUCUGUUGGAACUAUAAUGGAAGUCUCAUCACCACUACCUGCAAAGAUAAGAAAUUACGUGUUAUAGACCCUCGGAAGCAAGAAAUAGUGGCUGAGAAAAGUGGAGCACAUGAAGGGGCUCGGCCGAUCAAGUCCAUUUUUCUGUCUGAUGGCAAAAUAUUCACCACCGGUUUCAGCAAGAUGAGUGAAAGGCAGCUGGCUCUGUGGGAUCCGAGUAACUUCGAAGAACCUAUUGCCUUACAAGAAAUGGACACCAGCAAUGGAGUAUUGCUUCCUUUCUAUGACCCUGACUCCAGUGUAGUCUACCUCUGUGGCAAGGGUGACAGUAGUAUUCGUUACUUUGAAAUUACAGGCGAGGCACCCUAUGUCCAUUACUUGAAUACCUACAGUAGCAAGGAACCCCAGAGGGGAAUGGGUUUCAUGCCCAAGAGAGGCUUGGAUGUCAGUAAAUGUGAAAUAGCAAGAUUUUACAAACUGCACGAGAGGAAAUGUGAACCCAUUGUUAUGACAGUUCCAAGAAAGUCAGACCUCUUCCAGGAUGAUCUGUAUCCAGACACGCCUGGACCUGAACCAGCCCUGGAAGCAGAAGAAUGGUUUUCAGGACAGACUGCUGACCCUAUAUUGGUAUCACUCAGGGAUGGCUAUGUACCUGUGAAGAACAGGGAACUUAAAGUCACCAAGAAAAACAUUCUGGACAACAAACCACCAACUGGGCCACGUAGAAGUUACUCUUCUUGUGAUACUGGCUUCUCAAGAGUCUCCCUAGAAGAACUUCUAGAAGAAAUCAAGUACUUGCGAGCCACUGUUGAGUCUCAAGAGAAGCGCAUCUCCAGUUUAGAAAACCUUCUCCAAGAAAUCGCUAAUGGCACUGAUUGAGCCGAACUGUGAAUGAAAUUCUGCCAUCCGGCUGAGAAUGCACUUCAACAAUGACAUGCCCUCUUUCCUUGCAAGCAAACUUGAUUAUGUUUUACAAGAGGUGAUGGAGCCAAUGUAUGGACUCCAAACUGAAGGCUCCCUGUUUAUUCCUUUCAUUGUUAGGGAAGUUUAUUGAGGCCUUCUUCACUUGGGUUGGUUAAGUCUAAGGGACAGGGAUUGAAGACUUUUUUUUUUAGGCAAAUAUCAAUCAUGGACGGUUCUGUUUGCAUCUACAUUGACUGUAGCUCUAGGCUGCUUUGACGGACAAUGGGACAGGUAGCAGACUGAAAUAUAAUAUUAUGGCUGUAAUAUGCCGGAGUCCUUAAAUUGUGAAAAUGGGACACAUCACCUCGGACAGAAUUAGAGGCUCAUAUCAAUCUCUCUCAUCGUUUUAGAUACAUCUUCAUUUUAAUAUAUUGUAUACUAUAGAUAGGGUACAUAUAUUAUUCUGAUUUCCUCAAAGAAAUAUAUAUAUAUAUAUAUAUAUAUAUAUAUAUAUAUAAUGUCCUCAUUUUUAGAAAUUGUUUAUUUUCAUAUAGAAUAUCUAAUGUAUAAAUGUGCACAGCAGACAGAGCCAUUUUUGUAGGCCUGAUCAGGAUCAAACUGGUCCAACAAAGAUUGGGCCCAGAUGGCUCCAUAUUACAACACAGUGCUGGCCACCCUAUUAGACUGUAUUAAUAUGACCUGUGUGCACAGGUAUAACAGUAUAUUUUAGGAUGUACACUGAU